AUGGCGAACAAUGCCCAGGGCCAGACAGUGCAGAAGGUGGUGGUGCAGCCCAUCAACUUCAUCCUCAGAUACUUACAAAGUAGAUCCCAGAUUCAGGUGUGGCUCUAUGAGCAAGUGAAUAUGCAAAUAAAGGGCUGCAUCAUUGGUUUUGAUGAAUAUAUGAACCUUGUAUUAGAUGAUGCAGAAGAGAUUCAUUCUAAAGCAACGUCAGAAAAACAACUGGAUUGGAUCAUGUUAAAAGGAGAUAAUACUUCUUUGCUACAAAGUGUCUCCAACUAG